AAGCUGUAUACACUCAUGUCCUAUUACAUCAAAUAUAGAUUGACAAUAUAUGAAAUGUGUUGGCAGUGCUUUUUUUCUGGUGUAUUGAUACAGUAUUUACACUACUGGCCUAUAAAUUAGACAGAUUUAAAUCAAAUCUUAAAAGUCAGUCCGAGUUUCCAGGAAAUGUUUGUUGUUUGAAGGUUUGUCGUUAUUUAUAGGUCUCACUCUGCGAACAUCUCAGCACCUUACUCUCCCCGCCCGCACGAGCGCACCUUUGCACUUUAUUUUUUUUUAAGGAUUCGGAAGCCUCGAGAGAAACUGGGGUAGGCUUCAGACGCAUGUGCGCCCCCGGGACACCCGGUUUGCUACGCACAGAAAUGAGGUUUGACAAUAAAAAAAACAACAAUGAAUCGCUUGACAACUUCCGUCAACGCUCGUCACCAACGGAUCAGAGGGAAAAUAAAAAAAAUAAAAAAAAACAAGAAAGAGCAAAUGUUCCCGUGGUCCGGAGAGGCUCUGUUCCCUUCCUAAUGAAGCAUUGCGAAUUGAGCAUUAAAUCGGCCCCACUGUGCUCUCCUUCGCAUUCAACCAGUUAUGUAUUCAUAUCCUAAUUACAUUAAUGUCAUGUGUUAAGUCCUCCCCCCAACACAGAGAUUUCCAACGAAAUCUACUGAUAACACGAAGACUUUCUUCUGAGAAGAGGUCUGACCUCACCCCGUCCGCGGCUCUAUAAUAGCGGAGCGCUCUUGACUUGUGUCUGGAGACUUCUGGCUAACGUAAAGCGGGGAAGACCUGGGUUGCAUCUCUUAAAGAAAGAGGCAUUUUUUUGUUCCUCCUCUAGACCUUAAGGGGGCUUUUUUAAACGUUUGGUCAGCGAGCUGGUUUCUGGAAAACAUCUGAAUCAUACUCUAACCAAGCCCAGCUGCGCAGUGGAUGUGUGCGUCUGUACGUGUGGGAGACUGACUGGAUGUGUGUGUGCCUCUGUGUGUGUGUGUGUGUGUGCGUUGGAUUUGUAUGGGGAAGAGGGAGAGAGUGUGAGAGUGUCUGUCUUGCCGUUGCUCUCCAAAAAGGAAAGAAUAGGGUGGAAAAAAAUUUGGACGUGCUUCUCCCCUGUAACUUUUUUUAGGCAUGAACGCGGAGACGUGCGUUUCAUACUGCGAUAUGACAUCCAUGGAUUCAUAUUAUGGUCCAUCAGCGCCACACGGUAGGGAUCACCAAGCCAAUCCGUUUAGGGCAUUCCAAGCCAGUGACACCAAAUACAGCUCCUCUUUCCUGACCAACAAAGGUCAACCGUACGGGGAAAAGUCUCGUAGCCCGUUCCAAGCGGAAUGCCAGCCCCUGGACAGCAGUGUUGGGGAAGGCACCUUUAGCAAAUACCAGCACUUCAUGCAGAGACCGUCCUGCAAAACUCCCCCUGAAGGAAGCAAACUGCACACGGACGUCGGACACAACGGAGGACUGGGCUCCUGUUAUGGUAAGGAGAGCUCGGCGCUGACAGACCCAGACGCAGCAGCAGCAGCAGCAGCAGCAGACAUGGACGGCAGCUACCUGAGCGUGAAGGAGCCGUCGGGGGGGAAGACGGCGCAGGAGAGGGGCCCCCCCUCCGACAUGACCGGCGCCCUGGACAAGGGUGAGGGCGAGAGCAACAAGGGCAAGAAGCGCCGCAACCGCACGACCUUCACCAGUUACCAGCUGGAGGAGCUGGAGAAGGUGUUCCAGAAGACACACUACCCCGACGUCUACGCCCGCGAGCAGCUGGCGCUCCGGACCGACCUCACCGAAGCCAGGGUGCAGGUGUGGUUCCAGAACAGGAGGGCUAAAUGGCGUAAGAGAGAACGCUUUGGUCAGAUGCAGCAGGUGCGGACACACUUCUCCACCGCCUAUGAGCUCCCUCUACUCACACGGCCUGAGAACUACGCACAGAUCCAGAACCCCUCGUGGAUUGGCAGUGGCAGUGGGGCAUCCCCAGUGCCAGGCUGCGUGGUGCCCUGCGACCCUGUGACCUCCUGCAUGACCCCUCACCCCCACGCCGCCAGCGGGGUGUCUGAUUACCUGGGGGUGCCCAGCCCGGGGGGGCACAUGGGGCAGGCGGGCAUGAGCGGCAUGAGCGGCCUGUUCGGCGGGGGCAUGAACCCCGGGGCUGGGGUAGCAGGCCAUAUGGGGGGUGGCGGGGGCAUUAGCGGGGGCAUUAGCGGGGGCAUCAACGGCUACGAGAUGAACAUGGACCCCGACCGCAAGAGCUCCAGCAUCGCCAGCCUGCGCAUGAAGGCCAAGGAGCACAGCGCCGCCAUCUCAUGGGCUACAUGAGGCACACACACACA